AUGGAAGUCAAUGCACCAGGCACCGGCUCGUCGUUACAUCUUUCAGCAAAAAAUGAAUUUCUGAUUGGUGGUAAAUACCGUCUCGUUCGUAAAAUCGGUUCAGGUUCAUUUGGAGACAUUUAUCUUGGCAUCAACAUCACAAAUGGUGAAGAAGUCGCAAUCAAACUUGAAUCAGUCAAAGCACGUCAUCCUCAGUUAUUGUAUGAAUCAAAAUUAUACAAAAUUCUGCAAGGUGGAAUCGGCAUUCCACAUAUUCGAUACUAUGCCCAAGAGAAAGAUUACAAUGUUCUUGUUAUGGAUCUACUUGGACCGUCACUUGAAGAUCUCUUUAAUUUUUGUUCCCGAAGAUUUACGAUGAAAACUGUACUAAUGCUUGCUGAUCAAAUGAUUGGUCGAAUUGAAUUUGUGCAUAACAAAAACUUUAUACAUCGAGAACCGUUAAAUACAAUCGACAAACGAAUAGUAAAUUAUUAUCAUUAUUCAAGUCUAAUGGACAAUGAACGUGAUGAAGACGAUGAGAUUGAUUUAACGUCUGUGCAAAAUAAAUCAACUAUUUCCAAUCUGCGUCCAAUCGGUGGUUUUCGGCAGUGGGCGAAUACACGUGAGGACAUUCGUGUUGAAAAUUGUUAUGCUCUAAGCAAUACAGAAGACUCCAUUGGUCAAGACACAUCGUAUAUCGUCAAUAAAACGAAAUCGGAUCUGGAAGAUGACACAAGUUCCAGCCGAAUGGACAUUUCGUCCAAUCAUUUCGAUAUUCAAUUACAAGUUAAUAAUGGUCACUUAGGACAAGCGCUUCGUUAUGAAGUGUUCUCUUCAUCAUCACGUAAAGAUAACGGUACAUUAAAAUUGCAUCAAUCUUCGCAAACAGUUGAACCCGAAAUGGAUAUGGAUAGUGGCAAUGGACGACGAAAUGGAAAUCAUAAAGGUUACUCGCAACAAUAUGGUGGAAAUAAUAAUAAUAAUAAUAAUAACUAUGGUGAUGGUCGAGGAAACCGACGAAACAAUGGCUCAUCAGGAAAUGGUGGUGCUGAUGGAAAUGGAUCAAAUCCAAAUCGAAAUAAUAAUAAUUCAAGACGACCGAAUGGUGGAGGUAAUGGGGGCGGUGGUGAUGACAAUGACGAUGAUGAUAACGAUUCCGAUGAAACUAUUGCGCGUCGUAUAGGUUUUCGACUUAUAGAUAGUGAAACAGUUCGUAUUAUUGGUCGUUUACGUCGUUUGACGAGUAAACAAUCAUUUGAUCGACGAGAUUUCGAAAGCGCUCAGCAUUUAAUUGACGAACUCAUACGCUUACAGCAUCUAGAAAAUAGUCCGCAAGAUCAACUAGAAAAAAUCAUCCAUCAUCUUAAACUUCAUCGUAUCCUACGCAGUAAAUCUCAGGCAUUAGAGUUUAUACAGAAACGCCUUCCUCAACGUUACUCAAGGUCGUCGACGGAGCAAAAUUCGAACGUCUUCGAUAUUUGGCGUGAAAGAGAACGCCGUGCAAGAUUGGAUUCCAAAGAUAGUCUUGAAGACGAGACACAGAACACGAAUGCACAACAUGUUCGAGAUGGAUCUGAGAGCAAUAUCCCAUCAACAUCGAUUCAUCUGUCAAAUAGCUCUUUAAAUGGCUCCAAAGUUCGACAAAUGGCUCGGCAUAUUGAUACACGAUCUGAAUCAUCUCGAACAGGUGAUCAUGGCGGACGAAGUUCAUCUCCAUCGCCUGUCAGUUUCAAUCGUAGUUAUGACAAUAUUUAUCGAGAAACAUCAGUGGAUGACCGCACGCGAUCAAAACGAAACACCUCACCGGGACUGUCGGCCGAGCAUCGUGUUCGACAAAUGGUUGAUCGUCUAGAAUCAUCGUCGUCAACAACGAAUGCGAAAACUACACGACGAGUGACAACGAGAAAAUCCGGUCAAGAUGAUCAAUCGGACGGAUCGAUUAGUAUUACAACCUCACCGCCAAAUAAACGAGUAACACAACGAGAAAACUUCGAAAGCGGAAUUACUAGUAAUAAUAAUGGUGGUUAUAUUUUUCGUUAUCGAAGUCCAAAUGACGACGUCUACUUUCGAGAUGAAAAUGCCAAUGUAACACGAUUCGAACUUAAUCGAGAUGAAAUCUUGAAUGGCGGACAACGGUCAGCUAUUGGCACAACUACCGAUGACUAUCUCACAUCAUUGGUACCAGGCGCCGAAACAUCCAUAUCGAUGGUUCGUGAUGUUCGUGCACGUCUUUAUGAAGUUGAAUCAGGAGUUGCACGUCCAGGCGUAGAAAACAUUCCUGUUAAAGUCGAUGUCGAAACAUUGUAUAUAUUAGAACAAAAGUCGGAUAAGAAAUCUCUAACAACCAAUGAAAAUAUUCAGGUGCAUAACUUGGAACAAAACCGUAUCGGCGGGUCUGACCGCCAUGAUUUUGCCAUGCAAACACCCAUUCCUAUAACAACAAUCAAAGUAUCGAAUCGACCCAUCGGCACACAAGUCGAUUCGACUAUUGAACGCAGUACGGUAGCUGCUCAAACAACUGAUUCGUUACAUCGACCGAUUAAGGAACGACAACGAUUGGCAUCGACAUCGCCUCUCGACGAAGGCGAAGUCAGUAAGGUUAUUCGAACGACAACAACCACAACAAGAUAUGAAGUUAAACGGCGACACUCCAGCCAUCAUUCCAGUGGAGAUGACGAAGAUGGUGCAGGCAGUACAGUUAUUUACAUUGAUGACAAAGAAAACUUUCAAAAGAACCCUCAGCCCAUACCGGGACCACAAAUUGAAAAUAUCGCCGAACAUCACACAUCUAUCAAUCAAAUUGCAUCACGUGUAAUCAUCGAUCAAGGAAAUGAAAUUAAUCGAACUAAUGUUCGUCGUCAGAUCGACCGACAAGAACAGGAAGAUCACGAGAACCGUUCCUUGGAAGUUUACGAAGUUCAUACACGCGGUGCAUGUAAAUGUCUCGUGGUAUCAUACGAAGAAAGAACUCAAUAUGGUGCAGAAACACGUUUUGAAAAACAAUUAAAACGUAUCGAACGAACAUAUACAAAUGAAGAGCUCAAAUCGACUGAAUUGCAUGUCAUUGUCACUGUACCUGACAAUGAUUACCAACUAGUUCGUCGUGAUUAUGGUGCACAUGUAAAUGUCGCAGAUGAAAAUGAAAUGCAAGAUAAAACUAUUCCACCGACAGUAACUAUACAUUAUUACAGUAAAGAAGGACAUCGAGUAAGAACAGAACAUGAACGACGAUUAGAACAUUUACCAUUAUUUAUUCGUUGUGAAAUCGAAUAUGAACUUAAUCAUUAUGGUAGUGCACAGUUAGUAUUACUCGCUGCAACAAAUACUGAACGUCGGCAAAUGAAUGUUUCCGUAAAGAAAGAAAUCGUCGAUGACAUUGUCUCACGUACGAGUGGUCGUUUUAAACCUAACAGUCCCGAAUUAGAACAUGAAAUAUCACAACAAUUAGCUGAACUAAUAUCUCUGUUACAUCUUGUUGAUUAUGCGUCACGUGAUGAUUAUCAACACAGUAAUUCGGUUGAUGUUCGCCGUGUGUCACGUACUGAUGUCACAACAUCUCUGCGUAUUGUUCAGCGUUAUCGAACUGUUAUACAUCGACUCUGUCAAAUUCAUCGUUCUCAUCUUCGUCUAACAUCUCAAGCAGAAAAACAACGUCAUUUAAUUCUGGUAGCACGUGAUGAAUACUAUCUAUUAGAUUUAGCAUCUCAGACACCGUCGGUAGCGAUUAAAAAGACACAACAACAACAACAACAACAUCACCAACAAGAGAUUAUCAAACGAGAAGUUCCUCAGAAACCAUUCGAUUAUGCGAAAUAUCGUCGAGAAACUGAACAACAACAGCGCAUACUUGAACAGCAUUAUCGACAAACUCGCACACAACAGCCACCACCAUCGAAACAUCAAUCAGAAGCAGAAUUUUAUCUCGGUUCAGGACGUCGUGCACUGAUCGAACGCGAAAUUCAUUCCAUGCGUGAAUCGAUUCGUCCACAUGAACAUGCUCCACCACGUUAUAAGAAUGAGCCAGCACGUCGUUCAUUGUCAGUUUCUUAUUCUGGCGGACAACGUUAUGUUCGUGCACGUAUAAUUCACGUCAAAGACUAUUAUGAUGAAAGUCAACAACAAAUCCAACAACAACAGCAGCAGCAACAGAAUGCCAAAGAACAAGAAUUGUUCGUUCGUGUUGAUGAUUACAUAAAUGAAUCUGCAGCGAACUCUUUACGUCGUUCAUAUUCAACUGACUAUUUACAAGAAGAUGGACCACGCUCACGAAUUCGCUACAUUCGUAUACCCGGAGAAACGAUUAAGAUUGAAGAAAAAACUACCUACGAAUACCAAGGUGUUAUGUAUACUGAUUUACCAUAUGCAUUACGUUAUUGGAAUAUUCUCUAUAUUCUUGAUCGUGAAGCACGAGAAGGUCGUCCACUUGGUUCAUCACUUCCACAUGUUAUUGUAAAUGAUCCAUACCGAACAGUGAUACCACCGUUAACUCAACAAGAGAUUCGGCAAACUGCUCAACAAGUUCUUUCACCACAAUAUCCGGCGCAAUCCUAUACUGAUCGAACAUUACGCUGGUUUCUAUCACGCGACAAUCGCACUGAAGUCGAAUCGAAUAAGUAUUUACAAACGUUACAACAAUGCCGCCAACAGCAGCAACAUCUCGAAAAGAAACAGGCUGGCGUUAGUGUUAGCGGCGGUGGACAAGCAGCAACGGCAAAGAAAUACUACGUCACCGAAACACUUGUACGCUAUGAAAAGAUGCCUGAUCGCUUGGUACCUGUAUCUACUAAUGAUCGUGCACAAUCAAUCGAUAAUAUUCAUCAUCGUUCGCCAUCGACAAGUCGAACGGUUCAACAAUCGUUUCACUCACAAAAUCAUCUAGAUCGUUCUCAAUCUCAACCGCGUCCGCGUAUUCAACCUUCACCAUCAAAUCAGGCACCUACAUUUCGUGCACAAUUACCCACAAUGCAUUCGCCCUUAUCACGACAUCAAUCAGUUCAUGAAUUACAUGCUCCUCCAACACUGUCUCAUCCACCUUCACCGUCACCUUCACUUCAUAGCUUGCAUAGUAAUCAAAAUUACUCACAACAGCAUCAUCGACGACCUGUGGCAUUCAACAAUCGUUAUCCGACACCGUGUCCAAGCCAAGGAACGUCACAACAAACACAACAGAUUCACCAUCAACAGCAACAGCAACAGACAACACAGCAGAACUCAGUAUUCACAGAAAUUAUCGACAGUCAAACAGGACGAAAGAUUAUCACGACCAGUCAAGAACAACUACCGACAGAAGUACUGGGACUUUUAAAUAGAUAUAAUUUACAAUAA